UGCUGCAGACUGAUCUGAAGAAACUGCACUUUAUCACUUUACCAGUGUUGUGUAGCAUCUACACUGCUAACUGCUCGAUUGCUGUUUGGACGCUGACAGAUCCGAGAUAGGAUCUGCCUUGAUAUGGGAGAAGUAUCCAGUUAGCUGACUACUGCAAGUGUUAGCCUGCCUGUUUGCACUGCACAAGUGCCAUCACAAAUUACAAACUCCUUCCCACUCUGAGGUAACAAAUCCAAGUGACAUGCUCAGAAAACAACAGUUGGAAAGAAAACGAGACUAUGGGAGCCGCUUACAAACAAAGAGUGCCCCUGCUGAAGCCACAAUGAAGAUACCUAAGCUACCGUGUAUACUGUUUUUUGUAGUGUGCAUCACACUGUUUAUUACUUACAGUAAAUGGUAUCCAAAUACACCGCUGGACCUUAAUAGCCUGACCUCUGACUUUAUUCUUGGAGAUGGUGAAGAAAGAACAAGUUUCAACCAUGCAAUAUCUUAUGGAAUUAUGUUUGAUGCUGGGAGCACAGGAACAAGAUUACACGUCUAUAAAUUCAGCCAACCACCGAAUGGAACGCCUGUUUUGGACCAUGAAACUUUUAUAUCCAUAAAACCUGGUUUGUCUGCAUAUGCUGAUGACCCAGAUAAGAGUGCUGCAGGCAUAAAUGAGCUGCUAGAUAUUGCAAAGAAAGAUAUACCUAAGAAUUUAUGGGCAUCUACUCCGUUGGUUCUUAAGGCUACAGCUGGCUUACGCCUUUUACCUGGAGAAAAAGCACAGAAGCUACUAGAUAAGGUUGAAGAACUCUUUCAUUCUUCCCCCUUCCACGUUGUAAAUAAUAGCGUUUCUAUAAUGAAAGGAACAGAUGAAGGAAUAUUUGCCUGGAUCACGGUAAACUUUUUAACUGGCAGUUUAACUGAUGAAGAAAAGAAACACUCAGGAAUUCUUGAUCUAGGGGGAGGAUCAACACAAAUUACCUUUUAUCCUUAUGUUAAGGAUACAUUUACAAGUGCACCAGCUGGGUAUAUCACCAAUUUCCAGCUAUUUAAUACCAGUCAUUAUCUUUAUUCACAUAGUUAUCUGGGGCUUGGAUUAAUGUCGGCAAGACUGGAAAUCAUGGGAGGAAAGGAAGGGGAGCCUUUGGGAAAUGGAGAGCAGUUAGUAUCUCCCUGCCUAACUCCUGACUUUGUGACCACAUUUAAUCAUGCUGCUAUAGACUACACAGUAAAAGGUUUUGUUUCCAAAGGGUCUUUGUAUGAAUCCUGUUUUAAACGAGUAUCAAAAAUACUUAGUGGCAGAGUGCAUAAAUCCAAGGAAGUGGCACAGCAGUUCUUUUAUGUGUUUUCUUACUAUUUUGAUCGUGCAGUGGAUACUAAAUUAAUUGAUCCUGUACUUGGUGGUACCAUAAAAGUUAAAGAUUUUGAGAUAGCAGCUAGAAAGGAAUGUAAAAGUAUUGAAAAGACAUCAGGAGAUAAUCCGUUCCUUUGUAUGGAUCUCACAUAUAUAACACAACUCCUGCAGGAGCUUGGUUUUCCAAAGGAGAAGGAUCUAAAGCUUGUUAACAAAAUAAACAGCGUGGAAACCAGUUGGGCGUUGGGUGCUACUUUCUACUAUAUGAAUAAAAUGAACUAAAGUCAAGCAUAAUGAAGAACUGCGAAAGAAUACAAAGCUGAAAUAGAACAGCAUGUAUUGAUAUCUACAACUGUGAAGAGGCUUUGGAAUCUGGUACAGAUGGAAAUGCCAGGACCAUAGCUUAUAUGCCAUUAACUGUGUCAUGUUUACAAUAUAUAUAUAUAUAUAUAUAUAAUAUUAGUCUUCUUAAUUUUAAUUCUUAUACUACUGCAAACUACAACUAUAAUUUUGUCUCAUAGUCCAUUCACCGAAGCUUAUUGUAUGCAGUAACAGCACUUAAAUUGCUUGUUGGAUCUGUAUAAUGUGACUAGAAAGUGUGAUACAACUUGUAUACAUUUUGUACUAGACAUAUUAUGGUUUACAGUAGGCUGAGUACUCCAUUUUGCAUUAUUGUUAAAAAUAUAUUGUUGCUGAAAUAGCGUCUCAAUCUGCAAGAUUACUGUACCUUUUUAUAAGUGCAAAAAUUAUAAACUUUACUAUAACAUUCUAAGCAAUAAAAUCUUUCAUCAAAUAUAUCUACAAUACCUCAUUAAAGUGUUUGUAAACUCUCCCCCAUUUUAAAUUCAGAUCCGGAAUUUUGGUGAUGUUUUAGGAGGGAGUUUAAUUCAUUAGUUGUAAGAAGAUGCACUAUAACUUACUCUUUAAUGUAGUUUUAACAUUCAAAUACCCUGCGCUCUGCCACCCACUUCAAAAGUCAAUUUUUCUGUGAGCUAACUAUUUGAAUCGUUCUCCAAUCAGUGCUCUAGCUAUAACAAAAGUGCCAUAUGGGGAGAUAGCUGAUUGGACAACAAUUCAAACUGUUAGCUCACAGAAAAAUGUACUUUUAAAUGUGGGCAGCAGAGCACAGGGUAUUUAAAUGUCAUAUCUAUAUUAAAAAGUAAGUUAUAGUGCAACUUUAUUGAAACUAAUUAAUUAAUUUUUAUUUAUUUUUUUUAUUUUAUUUUUUUACAUGUAUUCAUGAGAUAUAUAGAUAUAUCAUUUUUUUUUAUUAUUUUUUUUCUUGGAAAAUUUAAUGGUAGGCAAACCUUUCAGUUACUCCACACUUCCACAGUCCUCUAAUCAUUAAUCUUUAAUGAACAAUUUAGGACUUCCCUUAUUCAAAAGAACACGUUUUUCAGAAAUCAUUUGAUCUAUUCACUCUCAGAUGUUUUCACAAAUAUGUGUUAAUCUCUAUUUUAUAUGUAUAUCUAACAAGUAUGAUUAGUACUUUGCCUCAAAAUUGUAUGUAUGUAUUUAUUUUCUAAUUUUUGUCAGUAGUUUGUUUAUUCCUUUAUUCAUAUUGCAUUGCCUUGCAAUCUGUCUUUUGUAGUCUUAGGAGCAACAUAGCAGCAUAUUUGCAGAUAUUCUGUCAUUUUAAAUGCAAUAUAAAUAAAAGUUGAUUUAUUUGAUAAAUCGGUUAUGUGCCUAUGUAAAUAUUUGCCAUUCAAUGGACAAGGCAGUCUAUUUGCUUUAUUUAUAUAAAGGUUUAAGACCAUGAAGAAAUAUAUUGUUUAAAAGAAUAUUCCUUUUGGGACAUUUUUGAAGGCCCCAAUUUGUAUAAAAUAUAUGUAAAAAGAAAGGUGUAUCUAGAUAGUAACCUGCCUUUUUUUGUUUUAGAAUGUCUUUAUCUAGCCUAACAUUAUUUAAAGUUAUUUCAAUAGAUAUAUUUAAUCAUUUUUGUUCUCUAGAAAAUCUAAACAUGAAACAACUUAAAAAACAAAAAACAAUGUUUGUGAAAUUAAAAAUUGCAGCAUUAUGUAAUAACACAUAUGCGGAUGACUAAAUGACUUAUUUGCAGUACCAAAACAAAGUAAUUACGGGAUGUUACAGCUUGUUUGUUUUUAUUGUAUUGUCAUUUUUUUAUGUUUUGUAAACUGUUAUACAAUAAAAUGAGCUUUUGGAUA